CGCUGCCACGCGUUCGGCUGAGACGCACCCUCCUCUCCCAACGCUCCGACCCUCCCCACGAUCCAACGGCAGCCGACCUGCCGUCCUCCGUCGCACGAAUCUCGAAGCGCGGGAGUGCCCAAAACCAAAAUUAGCGAGCACCCGCACGCGGGGAAACCAUCUCUCUCUCUCUCUCUCUCUCUCUUGAUCGAUUCGUCCCAAGCAAAAUCACACAACUCAAUCCGUUCCAAUCCCGAUUCCCCUCGAUUUUUCCGUGAAAAUCCUUGCGCGCAUUUGGCUUUGAUGUUUGCCUCCUUGAUCCGCGCAUGUCAAAGCUCAAGAACUCGGCGUCCACCGUGUCGGAGUGCUCGGAGAGCGCUCGACGGAUUGCCGUCUCGCCGAUGAAGCUGCUGGUGCGCGUCGUCGAGGCCAGGGGCCUCCCGGCGAUCCACCUCAACGGAUCCAGCGACCCCUUCGUCAAGCUGCAGCUGGGGAAGCGCAGGGCCAAGACGGCGAUCGUCAAGAAGAGCCUCUCCCCUGUCUGGGACGAGGAGUUCAGCUUCCUCGUCGGGGACGUCACCGAGGAGCUCGUCGUCUCCGUGCUCAACGAGGACAAGUACUUCAGCAACGACCUCCUCGGGAGGGUCAAGGUGCCCCUCUCCCAGGUCAUGGAGACCGACGAUCUCUCGCUCGGGACCACAUGGUACCAGCUCCAGCCCAAGAGCAAGAGGUCCAAGAAGAAAUGCCGCGGGGAAGUCUGCCUGCGCAUAUCCUUGUCAACACGGACGCAUGUGUCUGAAGAAUCACAGCCUGUACCGCAUCCCACUUCAGAUGAUAUAGCGUCCAGUUCAGAUAGGUCAAUUGACAACAGAGGUGCAACUUUGUCAACCACAAGUAGCUAUAUUGACCUGUCAGCCCUUGCUAGCGUAGACCAGGCAUCGCAGAGCAAUUUGGAACGACUAGUGGGUGGCGGUGUGGACCAACCACCCCAGAGCAGCAUUGAACAACCAGUCACUGAACCUGGAUCAGCUGUUGAUAAUGAUGCAAUGGUGAAUCCAUCGUCGAUGGUAGAGGUUUUGUCUCGCUAUUUCUUUCGGAAACCUGUCGAUGCUGCUGCUGAUAUGCCUUUGGUUGCGUCGGACGCUGAGUUGGUGGAGCAGUGCCAAGAGCCACAAAUAUGCUCUGAAGAUCGUGAAAGUCCUGAGAAUGCUGCUGCAUCGUCCGAAUCAAGCCUGGAGGAGCUGCUGAAAAUCAUGGAAUCCAAAGACCAAGGCUGUGAAAUGCCAGCGAACUUGGCUAAUGGAGUUCUAGUUGAUGAAUCUUUUGUCACUGCACCUGCUGGAUUGAAUUCCCUCUUGUUUGCUCCAAAUACAGAUUUCUGGCCAGCAGUCGCAGAACUUCAAGGUACAAGUGGGUUUCAGAUUGAACCAUGGAAGAUCGAUAACAAUGAUGGUUGUUUGCGAAGAACAUUAACUUAUAUAAAAGCUGCGAGUAAGUUGGUUAAAGCUGUGAAAGCCACAGAAGAGCAGAAAUACUUGAAGGCAGCUGGGAAUUCUUUCGCUGUUCUGUCUAUUGUUAGCACACCUGACGUUCCUUGUGGCAAUUGUUUCAAGAUAGAGAUAUUGUACUGUAUAAAACCAGGUCCCCAGUUAUCAUCUGAAGAUCAAACAACACAUCUUACUGUAAGUUGGCGGAUCAACUUUAUUCAGAGCACAAUGAUAAAAGGAAUGAUCGAGAAUGGUGCAAAACAAGGCAUGUCGGAAGGUUACGCACAAUUUUCUGAAGUACUGUCCCAAAGGUUUAAAGUAGCUGAGCUUGAUGAUGCUAAUUCAAACAAAGACAAGAUUUUAGCAUCACUACAUACACAAAAAGAACCGAGCUGGAGGCUGGUUGUCCGCUUCCUUGGGAACUUUACAUUCAUAUUCUCUGUUAUCAUAGCGCUCUAUAUUGUAGCCCACCUUCAUUUAUCAAAGUCCAAUGCGAUGAAUGGGCUUGAAUAUUUUGGCAUUGACCUUCCAGAUUCAAUUGGAGAGGUUGUGGUUUGUACUGUCUUGAUCCUUCAGGGACAGAAUAUCAAGAAAGUAACAAGGCGAUUUUUAAAUGCAUGGAAACAAAGAGGUAGUGAUCAUGGAGUCAAAGCUCAUGGGGAUGGUUGGUUACUGACUGUUGCACUUAUUGAGGGCACUGGUAUAAUAGCUGCUGGUUCAUCUGACUUAUUUGAUCUCCAUGUCGUUUUUACUUGCAACACAAAGAGGAAAACAAGCUCAAUUAAGUUCCAUACAUCUGAUCCAAAAUGGAAUGAGAUAUUCGAAUUUGAUGCGAUGGAUGAUCCACCAUCGAGAAUGGAUGUGGCUAUUCAUGAUUCUAAUGGAUUCGAUGAAGCUCCCAUUGGUCACACGGAGGUGAACUUUCUGAAGAACAAUUUGUCAGAUUUAACUGACAUAUGGCUUCCUCUUGAUGGGAAGUGUGAUCCAGCAAGAAACCCUAAGAUACACUUAAGAAUAUUCUUAAACAACUCAAGAGGAACUGAAGUUGUUAUGAAUUACCUGGCAAAGAUGGGGAAAGAAGUCGGUAAGAAGAUAAAUUUGCGCUCAGCCCAAACAAAUUCAGCAUUUCGGAAGCUCUUUAACCUCCCUCCUGAAGAGUUUCUAAUUGAUGAUUUCACCUGCCAUUUGAAACGAAAGAUGCCACUUCAGGGACGCCUCUUUUUCUCUCCAAGAAUAAUUGGAUUCUACUCUAAUAUAUUUGGUCACAAGACCAAGUUUUUCUUUUUGUGGGAAGACAUUGAUGAUAUCCAGGUUAUCCCUGCUACACUGUCGAUCGGUAGCCCAUCCUUGAUGCUCAUUCUUAGAAAGGAUAGAGGAUCAGAAGCAAAACAUGAUGCCAAGGGAACAGACCAUCUUGGAAGACUCAAGUUCCAUUUUCAGUCUUUUGUUUCAUUCAGUGAUGCCCACAGAAUAAUCAUGGGGAUUUGGAAAAUGCGAUCACCGGUCUCAGAACAGAAGGGGGAGAUAAUUGAAAAGGAGUCUGAACUGAAAGAACUCCAGGCCGAAGAAUCUGGAUCCUUAUUUACCCAUGAAGAUGUCAAAAUGUCUGAAAUAUUCUCGUCAGUUCUUUCUGUUGAUGUUGAGUCCUUGAUGGAGAUGUUUUCAGGAGGUCAGCUGGAAAACAAAGUGAUGCAAAAGACUGGUUGUGUGGACUACUCGCCCACAGAAUGGGAGCUUGUAUACAGAAAUAUAUACCAGCGGCAAAUCAGCUACAAGUUUGACAAAGCAUUAUCUCGAUAUGGAGGAGAAGCAAGCACCACCCAGCAGAAGUAUGCUCUAGUGAACCAAGAUGGCUGGGCAAUUGAAGAGGUGAUGACCCUCCAAAGUGUUCUACCUGGGGACUGCUUCAGUCUCCAGCUGAAGUAUCAUAUGGCGAACAUACCGCCAAAACCAAACACCUGCAAUGUGCAGGUUUUGUUGGGGGUUGCCUGGUUAAAGAGCACCAAGCAACAAAAGAAGACCACAAAGAAUAUCAUGUCCAAUACCUCGAAUAGAUUAAAGGAGCUCUUUUCUGAAGUUGAAAAGGAUAUUACGUCAAGAAACGGUGCAAGCUAACAUCUGUACAGGAUAACAGUUGAAUCAAAUGUGUUUGAAAAGACCCUGCUUGCGGUGCGACAUGAUUCAGCUAUUGCCAAAUGGCAGAGUUGUUACACGGACGGCAAAGCCUGAAAGUGCCGCAGCAAUGUGAAUAGAUUGUUUCAGAAACAUUCUGUGAUUGUUUAAAAUUUAUGAUACGGCCUUACCCAGCUACCCUCAUAGGAAGUCGAGCAGAGUUGUAUGUGCACAGGUGACCUAUACUACGUACAGAAAUGGUAUAGUGAAAGGAGCUAAUUUUGGUUCAUAGAGGUUUUGUCAGGGUGGUGUGAUGUACUGUAAAACAAUCCAAGCAAGAAAUAUGUGAGAUUUCAUACAAGUAUUCUUUUUGCUGCAGUUCAGUUUGCCAUAUUCCUUCC